UCUAGCAAUAGCAAAUAAACCAGCCUUCAUUGUCUUGGAGAACAGAUAAUAUUAUGGCAAGCCUUUCUGUUCUCAGCUGUGCAGUAUUUUUGUUCCUAGGUAUAUGCUGCACACAGUUUCAGUACUCAGCCUCUGCGGCUUGGCAACAAGCCCAUGCAACUUUCUAUGGGGGAGGUGAUGCUUCUGGUACAAUGGGUGGUGCCUGUGGAUAUGGAAACCUUUACAACGAUGGCUAUGGAAUAAAAACUGCGGCACUGAGCACGGCUUUGUUCAAUGAUGGCAAGUCAUGUGGCGGGUGCUAUCAGAUAAUCUGUGAUUCAAGGAAGGUUCCUCAGUGGUGUCUAAGGGGUAAAUAUAUUACCAUCACUGCUACUAAUUUCUGCCCACCAAAUUAUAACCUCCCUAAUGACAAUGGCGGCUGGUGCAACCCUCCUCGGCCACAUUUCGACAUGUCUCAGCCUGCUUUCGAGACCAUUGCCAAGUACAGAGCUGGAAUUGUACCUAUCCUCUACAGAAAGGUUGGCUGCAAAAGAAGUGGAGGCAUCAGAUUUACCAUCAAUGGAAGGGACUACUUUGAGCUGGUGCUUAUAUCCAAUGUCGGUGGAGCUGGAGAUAUCUCUCGGGUAUGGAUCAAAGGGUCUAAAUCUAACCAAUGGGAAGCCAUGUCAAGAAACUGGGGAUCCAAUUGGCAGAGCCUGAGCUAUCUAAAUGGUCAGAGCUUGUCCUUCAAAAUCCAAACCAGCAAUGGGAAGACCAGAACAGCACUCAACGUGGCACCCUCCAAUUGGGUAUUUGGGCAGUCCUUCAAAAGCAAUGUUCAGUUCUAAUUCUAAAAAUCAUGCACAGGAUAGCUGCAAAAGUUCCCGAUAGUGUGCCUAUUCCCCUUUGCAACUUGUCGUCUUUAAUUUGUUAUGGUGCUAUUUGUUUUUUAUGGUUUGUCCACUGUAUUUUAGGACGUCUAUAUUAAAAACCAUCUUGGGCGUGGCUUGGCAUUUUACGAUUAAGCCCACCGAGAAAGGGGAGAAACUUGUGUAA